ACGGACGAGCCUCCUCAGUCGCUCUGCGCGCUUCCUGCCGCUAGGUCGGGUCUCCCGGAAAGUCAUCGGCGCUGCAAUCUCCGGGACGCGCUCUGUAUACGGCACUGCGUGCGUGCGUGUUGCCGUCCGGCUACUGGUCUCGUCAGCUAUGGCAGCUGCGGUCGCUGGCCGCCUUACCAACAGCGGGUAGUGUGACACCCACCCUCCGACAGAAAUUCGCUACCCUUAGGAGCACCGCCCCCUUUUAUUCGACAAGUAUUUGACACUUUUACCGUGAAGAUUGAGAUACUUCCCCACACUCAGUGACAAUUUCGGUACUGAGAAGAACUUGAAGCGCCAAUUACUGACGCUAUUUUUUAAAAGAAAUAAACUUGCCAACAAAUUCUUGCCGAUAUGGGAAUAUCUGCAGCAGUCAUCCUACAGUUUGUCGCCACGAUGUCGGCCGUCGUGUGGGCGAGAGGUGCCAUCGGUUCGAGGGGAGUUUCGAUGGACGCUGCGACAGUGGCGCCGCACUUCCUGUCGCACGGCCAGACUUUCCGCUCUGUGGUUGGCGACACACUCGUGCUGCCUUGCGAAGUCGAAGACCUGGGGGACUACGUGCUGCUGUGGCGGCGCGGCACGGCCGUGCUGACUGCGGCCACGCUGAUGGUGACGCGCGACCCGCGCUUCCGGCUGGUGGACGGCUACAACCUGCAGAUCAGCGACGUGCGGCCGCAGGACGCGGGCGACUACGGCUGCCAGAUCAGCGAGAACGCCGACCGCACCCAGAUACACACCGUCGAGAUUCUCGUUCCGCCGAGCAUCCGCAUGUCGCCAGCGGACGGAGAGCUGAAGGCGCGGAAGGGUGGCACGGUGACGCUGGAGUGCAAGGCUUCCGGCAACCCCGUGCCCAGCAUCAUCUGGACCAGGAAGGAUAACACCCUGCCGACAGGAGAAAAGUCCGUUGAGGGCUUCAGCAUCACGCUGGAGAAAAUCGACCGGCACCAAGCGGGCGUGUACCAGUGUACGGCCAACAACGGGGUCGGCGACCCUGUCACCGUCGACAUGACGCUGGAUGUCCUCUAUCCACCUGAGAUCGAGGUAGAGCGCAGUUGGGUUCACUCUGGUGAGGGCUACGAAGCUCAGCUCGUCUGCAUCGUCCACGGAGAACCGCAGCCGGAGCUGAUGUGGUACCAGGACAACCUGAUGCUGGACCCCACGGAGCGCCGCUCUAUGGAGACACGUGGCAACAAGCACACGCUGACCAUCCGAGACGUGCAGGCAACCGACUUCGGCAACUACAGCUGCGUCGCGGAAAACUCCCUCGGCCGCGCAAAGAAGUACAUGGAACUCUCGGGGAGGCCGGGCCCAGCCCAGUACCGCAGUUCGCCCUUCGGCCGUUCCUGGGACAGCUACAACCUCACCUGGCAGGUCGAGAGCUACCCGCCGCUCGAGGAGGUGCGAGUGCUCUACCGUCGCCUCAUGGUGAACGACACGUACAACCAGCCGGACAAGUGGCAUGACAUCUCGCUGCGGCCGCCACAGGACUCGGACACGUUCACCCACGUCAUGUCGUACAACAUUCGCGGCCUGAGCCACGGCUCCAUGUUCGAGGCUAUCGUGCAGGCCAAGAACCGGUACGGCUGGAACGAGGUGUCCGACAUGUUCCAGUUCCACACCAGGGGCGCCGGUGAGCAUCGCCUCCAGGCCUACGGAAUCGAACCUGAAGUCCAGGACCUGGGACUCAUCGCGAACGCCAACAGCGAAGCGGCUCCUCUGUGGCACCGGCUGGGUGCAGCAGUCGUCCUAAUGGGUUCCGCGUGCUCUCUUAUCCUUGUAUAGCAGGUAAACACGUAAGGUGGAAGAUCCAUAGUUACCACAGCGGGGCGACCGCGGCUGGCGCUGGUUAACCACGUGUUCUCUCCCACCGCCGCCGGCCGCCGCUGCCAGCAUCCGUCUACUUGUGCAUAACGGCGACACUUCGCAGUACCUAACCAGUGUGGUGUUUACUUUCUCGUCGAGUGCUGAAUCGUAUGGCUUAGGAAGACAAUAACAGUGUCGUCUGAAUCGUAAAAGUUGUGAACCUCCAUUUGUCAGACUAACAGUGUACCCAAAAUAUUUCUGCAGAAAGUGGAAGAAUUGUAUCAUCUGUAAUCCAAGAACGACAAAAGUGUUUUAGCAAAAAUAGCUUUUCUCCGUCUUUAAUUUAGUAGGUUUUUGCAUGCUACGUCAUACACUCCCUGGGCAAGAGACUACCAGUUGAAGACAUUUGUGCCUUAGCAUUUUCGUUCUUUGAGUUUUUUCUGCCACAUCACAGUCUACUUUUAGAUCGCCAUUUUAUUUGAACGUAUUGAACUCUGAUGUGUGUACAGUAGCACUGCCUGUUUUUCUGUGAUGCAGGAGUUACUUUUGUUAAAACGUGCAUUGUUCUUGAGAUCGGGAAAUUUCGCUAAGAGUUAAGUACUAAAAUAGUCCACUUUUCAUUCCCUGACUAAUCAACAUAUUUUUCUUAAGAGUCCCUUUUUAAAUCACUUCAAUGAACCCAUUUAUGAGAAGUGCAAGAAUGUUUUCAUAAAUAACAUAAUUCCAUAAAAUCAAUAUAGUGUGUGAUCCAGAUUUAUUUAUUUGAGAUGUUGAUGUUACUAGCAUGAAAAGAAACAAAUAUUGUUUAUCACAACACUGUUUCAAGAUUGAUAAAUUUCAAUA